GUUGAAUUUCGACCAAAUAGCCAUUCUAAAAGGAGGAGAAGCUUCAAAUCACCAACGAUUUGAGGUGCGUCGGCCUGGUGGAAUCAUCGGCAACCGCCAUUAAUAGACAACGAAGAAAGAACCCAUAAGUAACAACAAUUCGAUUUUCCCCGCCGGAUUUCCGGUACUCCUACAUUCCUUCCCCUCCUCUAGAUUCUUAUAACAUGAAUUCCCUUCUCUGAGAGAGAGAGACAGAGAGAGAAGGGAAACAUAGCAUUUCUCUCUCUAUCUCUUUGUCUCCGUCUUCUCCCCCAAUCCUCCAUGCCCGUUCCUCGAAGCUCUUCCUAUGAUGCAUUUUCCGCCGGCUCAGACGAUGACAUUCACGAUGCCACCUUCGCCAGGCGGCGGUGCUGUUUCUGUUUCCCUAAUUUUCUGAAAAAAGAGCAAACUCUUGGCGGCGACGGCGGAGGUGGUGGCGGGGGAUCGUCCGGAGCAUUCUGGAGACAAAUCAAACCUUUGGAUUCGUCUUCACCGGCAACGCCGUGGUGGUCAAAGAGCUGGAAGAAGGUUCGUGGGUUAUCGGAGGGGCCGAGGUGGAAGAAUUUGGUGCGGCGGUUUAAUGGACGGAAGCGACAAGGGUACGGGAAAUUCAAUUAUGACGCUACAAGCUACGCCCUUAAUUUCGACGAAGGACCCCUGGCCAAUGGCGUUGAUUAUGACGAGGAUCUCCUCGGCCGCGGAUUCUCCGACAGGUUCUCGCUCCCUCCGUCGGCUAAGUCCUCCAUGGAUUUCGACAACGACGCGAAUCCGUUCAAUUUCAGCUGACGGGUUUCGGCCGAAAUCAUGUGGGCUUGGGAGCGUGAAGGCGGUUUGGGCUGGGUUUGGGAGGGGCUUUGAGAGGAAAAGGUUUGGGCUAAAGUGGUAGUAAGCACCUAAGACUUAGUCUGGGAUAUUCUUUCAACAUGGUUGUUUCAGUCUUUGUGGUUAACAAAGAUAUUUCAUUUUAUACAAUCCCAAGAGUUUCAUCAAAUUGCAUUUCAUUUCAUUGUGAUUUUCAUUUUUGAUUUAGAGAGGGAAAGGUAGUUUAGGAAAAACACUAUUUGAAAAAUGCAUGUUUUGGGUUUCUUAUUUUUUUCAUAGGAAAUUGAAGUUAGGAACUUGUUUCUAAUUCUACAAAUGUAGUGCUUUGGUUUUGGGUUGUCCAGACGUGCAUAUAUGUAACUUAAGUUCAAAUUAAACUUGACGGAAAAUGAUUGGUAUAGAAAAUGGAAUUAUUUUCUUGGAAUUGCUAUUAAAUGUCGUAAGUGCAA